AUGGACUCACCAGAAGAUCUCAUUAAACGGUUGACACUGGACGAAAAGAUAUCACUGCUUUCGGGAAAGUCUAUGUGGUCCCUGCAGAACAUUGAAAGAGUUGGAGUGCCUUCUAUUCGUGUCUCUGAUGGCCCUCAGGGUCUUCGGAAAUGCGUUACAGAGCUCACUGCCAUGGAAUCAUAUCCAGCCACAUGCUUCCCCACAAGCUCUGCGUUGGCAUGUAGUUGGAAUCGGAGCUUGGCGGAACAGGUCGGCCGGGCCAUUUCCAAGGAAUGUCGGCAACAAGGUGUUCAUGUUCUAUUGGGACCUGGUUUGAAUUUGAAGAGACAUCCCUGUGGAGGACGCAAUUUUGAAUACUUUUCUGAAGACCCUGUUGUUAGUGGACACAUGGCUGCCGCCAUGGUCAAGGGAAUCCAGAGCAGUGGCCAUGUGGGUGCAUGCAUUAAACAUGUCUGUGCCAAUAAUCAAGAAUCAUGGAGAUUCCGGGUCAAUUCUUUGGUGGAUGAGCGGACCCUCAGAGAAUUGUACCUCAGCGGAUUUGAGUAUGUUAUUAAGAAUGCCCAUCCAUGGACUCUCAUGACUGCAUACAAUCAGCUGAAUGGCAUCUAUUGCAGUGAGAAUGAUUAUCUGUUUCAAAACGUUGUUCGAAGUGAGUGGGGCUACCAAGGCCAUGUCCUCACAGAUUGGGGAGCGACCAAUAGCAGGGUUGCAGGUAUUGAUGCAGGUGUGGAUUUGGAAAUGCCAGGAUCCUUUGGCAUCCACAACACUCUCAUCAAGGACGCUUUGAAGGCUGGGACUCUGUCGCAGGGUAGAUUUGAUGAGGCUGUGCUGAGGAAUCUUCAGCUCAUUCACCGAGCGGUCAAUGGAAUGCAAAAUGGCGACAACAGGGGAGACAACCAGCUUCCCAGUUCCCAAGAACAGCUAUACUCCGAACAUCAUGAAAUUGCAUACAAAGCAGCACUUGACUGUGUAGUCUUGUUGCAAAACAAUGACAAUAUACUUCCCCUUGCAUCCAAGCAACAUCAAUCAUCAUCAGGAACCAAGGUAACUCUGAUUGGUGAUUUUUGUCAAUUUCCUCGAUAUCAAGGCAUGGGAAGCUCCAAAGUAAACUCAACCAAAGAAGACACUGUUUUAGAACACAUUGGACAGCACACUGAUCAGUAUGUCUUCUCUCGUGGAUACUACAACUCAGAUGAUGAAAGUGACAGAGCUGACAACAGCCACAAGCAGAGAAAACUGUUGAUUGAGCAAGCAGUAAAUGAUUCCAAGGAUGCAGAAGCAAUCAUCAUUGUGGCUGGUGUGCCAGAAAGCCAUGAAUCAGAAGGAUUUGAUCGGGAGCACAUCAGCUUGCCAACACAGCACAAUGAGCUGAUUCAAGAGGUUUGUAAAGCCAACUCCAAUGUCAUCGUUGUUCUAUACAAUGGUGGACCAGUUACAAUGCCUUGGAAGGACAAAGUGAAGGGAAUUGUGGAGUGUUAUUUGCCGGGACAAGCUGGGGCUAGAGCUCUUGUGGAAAUUUUGUUUGGGAUGGCCUCACCAAGUGGAAAGCUUGCAGAAUCAUUUCCCUUGAGCCUGAACGAUGUCCCCUCCAAUCGUUAUUUCCCUGGGAGCUCCCACACUGUGGAGUAUCGAGAGGGGCUCAAUGUCGGCUACAGAUACUAUGACACUGCCAGAGUGCCGGUGCUAUUUCCUUUUGGACAUGGUAUUUCCUACACAACAUUUGCCUAUGAAAACUGCACUUGCAGGGUCAUUGGCCAGCAACAAGAAGAGAAGUGUGGCACUUUGCCACUGGUUCAGGUUGAAUGUACAGUUGUCAACAACGGCUCCAAACCUGGUUCUGAGAUUAUCCAGCUGUAUGUCCACCACAACAAUACCUCUACACAGAAUAGGGUGUACCACCCUGAUCAACAGCUCCAGGAUUUUGCGAAAACAGAGGUUCUUGGGCCUGGGCAGACCGAGCAGGUAACCUUCUUAUUGACAGCAGAUGCCUUUUCUUUCUUUGACACAGGGACGUUGAAAUUUGUGAUGGAAGAGGGUGCAACCUAUGAGAUUCGUCUUGGAUCAUCCAGUAGAGACAUUCGUUGGACAGGGACAAUCGAGAGUGCAGACAUUGCAGGUAACUCAACAAACAGUUCCGUCAACAUUGUCGACCCUUCGAAUGAUGCAACAACAUGCCAUCCACCUCUGAAAGACAAAGGCUCCCUAGCAAGUCCACUGGUUGUUGACGAUGCGACAUUUCAUGACAUGCUCGGUACUUCGCCAUCUGAGCUGAUGCAUUUGUCUGCCCAAUCGUUGUUGCAGCAGCAUGUGCCAGGUCGUGCGUCCCCACAGGUUGAAUCUGUUCAAGGUAUGGAUCCCAACUUGCAGGUGUUACCGCACGACAUUCAUGUCAUCCAUCCAAAUUCCUUCCUUUCAGAGGUUGAGAAGAAUGGCUAUUUAGGCAAGCUUUUUGUGACAAUCAUCAUGAAGGCAGCUGAAACUCAACUGGAAGACCCCAAUGACAUGAAUCAACGGAAGGUGGUCCAAGAGGUGGUGAUGAACACACCCCUUCGGUGCAUUGCAACCUUUAGCCAAGGGAACAUGUCCUUUGGCGCGCUUGAUUUGUGGAUAUCACUCUUCAAUGGACACUAUCGUACCUUCAUCUAUGGUUUCUUUUCCAGCUUUUCCAGGAAAUGA